AUGCCCAGACUCUCAACCACAAUCAUAGCAUUUUUAUUGACAAGUCUCGCAAUCUAUCUCCUUCCAAAGCACAACAUCAUACAGCAUCUCAACAUGGGCAGCACGAAGCAGCACGAAUUCACAUACGAGACUGUUCCGGGAAUCUUCCUUCAAGACGAUCCAGCAACAGACUGGGCGAAUUUUGACUACACGGAAGACUUUGGUCUCAUUCAACGCACAUAUCCAACAGAUACCCCAGACACCGCCCAAGAACCAGCUUGGCAACGUCUGGAUCGCUACAUUCAACACCUCGACACCAGUAGUCCAGAUGGCACAAGCUACAAACUCCUCUACAUGGGCCGCCAUGGCGAAGGCGAUCACAACGUAGCCGAAGCGUUCUACGGAACCAAAGCCUGGGAUGACUACUGGUCCAAACUAGAAGGAAACGGCACGGUAUCAUGGGCAGACGCCCACCUAACAGAUAUCGGAAAGCAACAAGCACUCACGGCACACGCAUUCAUCGAAUCCCAGCUCUCCAAACGAGCCAUGCCCGCCCCACAGAGCUACUACGUCAGUCCAAUGUAUCGCUGCUUACAAACUGCGAGUUUGACCUACAGCGGAUUGAAUUUGCCAGAAAAUCGYCCUUUCUCACCUGUCAUCAAGGAGUUGGUGCGGGAGGUGCUAGGCGAGCAUACCUGCGACAGACGCAGUACCAAAACGUACAUUCAUGCCGCGUAUCCAGAAUGGCGCAUCGAGCCAGGAUUUGCCGAGAAUGACGAGCUGUGGCAAGCAGACCACCGUGAGACACACGAGGAACACGACGUGCGGACGAGAAAGUUCCUGGGAGAUCUCUUCUCCAAUGACGGGAACCUCUACCUAUCAUUGACCAGCCACUCGGGGGCAAUUGCGAGUCAUCUCAGGGUGCUUGGCCAUCGCGAGUUCAAAUUACCUACUGGAGGAAUGAUUCCUGUCUUGGUCAAAGCAACACGAAUUGAUUGA